GGCCGAAAAGAUUGAAAACCGAGGCUCCAGCAGGAGUAAAAUGUGGCAUUAGACGUGCCAGACUUAGAUAGUAUCUCCUGUAUGGUGCGGUUUGGAGGGGAGGGGAAAGGGCAAGUUCCAGUACGAAGUGAAAGGCGUCUUUGACACCGGCGGCUGUUCGGGUGAGAGGUCAGAGUUCAGGGUCGGACUGGGCCGAGCCGAGUCGGGAUGAAGGUUCCCAGCGUUUUGCUCGUCAGCUGCUGCCCGGGUUUUGUGGAGGAGACGCUAGUGAAAGAUAUUAUUGGAAGACAUGACCUUCCUGAAUUGUCAGAUCCCAGGAAUGCAGUUCGAUCCUACCCAUGGACGAUUGAUAAUAAAUACUAUACUGCUACUGUUCAUCUCUGUGUGGUCCCCAAUAAAUUCCACCUGACAAAGGAGAUUACUGACUCGGUGGAGGCCUUCUUGAUUUACUUUGACAGCACAACAAAAACGGGACUUGAUGAGGUAUCCACUUGGCUUCCUUUGACUCAAGAGUGGACCCCUGAGGUUUUGAUUCUGGUGUGUGACAGAGUUUCAGACAAUGGGGUGAGCAGACAAACAGCACAGCAAUGGUGUAUUAAGCAUGGGUUUGAAUUGGUGGAGCUCAAUCCAGAAGAUUUGCCAGAUGAAGAAGAUGACUUUCCUGAAUCUACGGGAGUAACGAGAAUUAUUCAAGCUUUGAAUGCAAAUGUAUGGUCAAAUGUUGAGAUGAAAACAGAUAGGCCUCAAGAUUUUGGAAUACUUAGUAGUUUAACUGGUGUGCUUGAGAAUUGUCAAACAGAAGAUGAAACGCAGGUGGAAUACCACAACCUUGCAGAACUUGAUGCUGAAUCACUUGCAGAAGACAGAGAUGGUGUGGCAGCUGUUCAGCCAGAUAGUUUCAUGGCAGAUCCUAUGUUUCAUUUGGAUAUCCAAGAACUCGCCACUCUUACCACAGGCGAGGUUGACUGUGAAAACUUUGAGCGUCUAUUUGAGAAGCUGAAAGAAAUGAAAGACAAAGCAGCAACAUUACCUCAUGAACAAAGAAAACUACAUGCAGAAAAGGUUGCUAAAGCUUUUUGGAUGGCUAUUGGUGGAGACAGAGAAGAGAUUGAGGAGCCAUCUGAUGAAGACUGUGACUAAGGACCUGAUUAUUUUCAGAUGGAAGGUUUUAUUUGGUGUAUGAGCCAGUGUUUUGCUUGGGGGUCUUGCUGAGCCAUUCAUUCCCUGGGUUGCCAGGUCAAGGCUUUUCAUGCAAGUCGAUGUUUGAAUCAACUGAAUGAUAAGAUUUGGAUCUUUAACUGUGUUUUCUCCUAUCUGCACUGUACUUGUGUAUUAGACUAAACAUUUGAGCUAAGAAGCCCUGUGGGAGGAAGCACUGUCGCUGCCCACUCCUGGGCGACACCACCUUCCCAGACCCUGGCCUUGUGAAUGAACUGAUUCUGGUUUUGGUAUAUUUUGAGCCUUCCCGUUCCUAAUGCACUCUGUCUCAUUCAAAGUCCUUGGACUAUUUUUAUUAUGCAGAGAGAAUUCUGUAAUACAGCAGCUUUGCCACUCGUGCACUUGUUUCAUUUAUGGACUGGUUACAUUUUAGUAAAGUGUUAUUGGACUAGCCAGUGCCAGACCAAUUUUCAAACACACAGAAUGCAGUGUGACUUAUAUGUAAAUACGUUACAAAUUCAGCACAAAAGCUCCGAUUAACUGGUUUGUUCGCAUCAUCUCAGUCCUAAAUGGCCUACCACCUCCUUGCCCUCAGACAGUAAUCCCUAGUUCUGGGAUUCCCGGUCAUCAGUAACAUCAUUCCUGCUUUUACCUUUUGCUAGUCCUGUAAAAUUUUAUAGGAUUUUUUUGUGAUUUUCCCCUCCCUCAAUCUUAACUCCAGUGACUAUAGUCCUCGUCAAUCCAGUCUCUCUUCAUAUGUCAGGCCUGCCAUAGUUAGUAACUAUGACUUAAAAUGACUUGAAACAUGCAACCUUGUGUUGAGAAACAUAUAAAAAGAUUGUAAUAAAUCAUUUAAUGUAAAGUUAACCCACCUGUACAGGAAAAAUAACUGAAAUAAAUGUCAUUAUUCCUUGUA